AGAGGAAAUCCGAUUACGUUGUCAGUGUCAAACCAAAUGGCAAGCCCACGACCUCUCUUCCGAUUACCGGUUCAUGUUGUGUAUGGGGGAACAGUAUUCAUUCGUUUCAGACUUAUACUUGCGGUGUCAAGCGUGUUUCUAAUGCUCAGCACGAUGCGUCAUACCGCUGAGCAUUUUGCUCGGACCACAGGUAGCAUUCUGGACUCAAUGUCGCCGAAAGAAAGAUUCCACUUUGGUUUAUUUUGUCAACAGAUGAAAAGACACCCCGACCAGUUGAACGAACACUUGUCAAUGCUAUUAGAUUGGUAGGUCUUCAUAUUAUAAUUUGCAUGUAAACGAAUAAUAAGUACAAAGUACAGAUAAACAACUGACGCAAGUUUCAUUGGAUUCCGACAUUGAAAAAUCUAUUUUUAGAAGAAUAAAAAGGCACUUGUUCAUGAGUUCUGAUGUCGCACCUAUUGACGAAAAUUCUAUAAAUUUACCGAAAAUUUACCGACAACAAUUGAGGUUUUGAAACUCACCAUUUGAGUAAAAAUAUGGUUCUCAGUGUUUGAGGAACACCGCAUCCCCACAUUGACGUCAUACCCAUUUGAUUGUAAUUAAUGGAUAUUUCUAUGACAUGCUUCCGGAAAUAAUACAAGUGUUUUGUUUCAAUGAAUCGAACUUCGAAUGUGUCAACUCCCUCAGGUCGACCGUCACAAUAUGGGUUGCCGUCAGGGACAAGCAUUUUUGUAUCUCAUGUUAUUCAACAAUCUCCAUUUAGGUAUCGUUAGGUCUCAACGAUAUUAGAUGGUAGAAUACCCAUUGGAUUCUACUUAUGUUCGAAGACGUCGCUGAGACAAUUUGCUUGCAGUCAAGAACCGUUUGCUUUCCGCAUCAGUCCCCAAUAUUAUUCAACACUUUUGGAAAUAAUUUGAAAAUAUGUAGUAAUUCCCUUGCAUAAAAUAUCCUGACCCAGUUAUUUUUCAGCGAGAAGAUCUUGCAGCAAGCAAUACUAUUAUAUUCUUACCUUAAAUAUCUGAAUCUCAAAGAUGCAGUCUGAAAAGUCUUUGACGAGUUUAUUACCCAUUACGUUGAAUGCCACGGUCAGUGUUGUGACGUUAUUGAAUGGCUUUUUAGUUUAAUUUAUGAACGAUUCCUAUAAUUUGUGGUGUUUUAAGCUUUAUAACAUGCGCUAUACAUAGUAACCUUUUUGAGAAGAAUUAAUUCAGCAAACCUUAAUCUAUUUGACGGAACUGACCUCAAAGUAACGUUAAAUAUAACCAUUUGUCUCCAACUUUAACCAACGAAUGAUUAAAUUCUUAAUAAAGAUAUUAUGAAAUCUUAUUUUUUCGAAAUAAUCGAAUGAGCAAGAUAUAAUAUAAAUAGCGCUGCAAAAACUUUGGCAUCAACAAACUCGUAGAAAACAACGUACAAAGCAACGAAAACAGAGACAAGAGAGAAUUGUUAAUUGGCUAGAUAGAUUAAAGAUGAACGUGGCAACAAUCUAUCUACUUCUGGCGACAAUUAUGUUUGGAAUUGAAGCAGCUCAAUUUACUCAACUUAAAUGUUUUCAAUUUCGCUACAAAUUGGGACAGCAGCGAUGCAAACCAGAAAAAAGUUUCAAAGGUGAUUUAGUACCAUGCUACAACUUAUGUAACAAAGAAUUGGUUAAAUUUGAAGAUUGUAAUGAAUAUCCUGCUAAUAUGCAUUGCUGCGUUCACGACUGCAGAUGUGUCAUCAGAGGAGCCGGAUUUGUUAAAAUUCCACAAAACUACACACUUUCUCUCGACGACGAAAAGAUAUCGCAGUGGAUGAAGACCGGAGUAGAAGAAGGAUGUGAGUCAAAAAACAAAUAUUCUUCAUCAGCAAAGAUGACUGAGUCUGAAAAUACCAAGACAAACCUGAAAUUACCUAUUCACAAGCAAGAUAAAUAUGCAAUAAUACAAGACGUUCAAACAACAGCAACAGCUACCGGAUCAAGCGAUAACAAAGAAACCCGGAACUCAUCCAUUGCUAGCCAAGAGGGAACUUCAAAAACACCAGAAGAAAAAGGCCCAGAUAAAACAACUACCGCAAAUACUGUACAAAGCAAAACGAGCACAAAAACAGAGGCAGUGAAGACGUCCGCGGCCAAAUGUGCUACAAAAGAACAUAUCUUAUCGCGAAUUGCAAGUAAAAUGACUGGAAUAUUCAAGCAGAUGGGUGUUGGUUGGGAAAUGAAAGUCAACGAUGGAUGCAAUUGAAGGCACUUGCUACAUUGUCUGUGAAAUCUGAAUAUUCAAAUUAAUUCUAUGUUUAUGUCGUUCAAUGUUAAUUUCCUAUCUUAAAUAAAACUCACUAGUAGAA